AUGGAGGAAAUCUACGCGCAUGCUUCCACUCGGUUGCAGCAGUUUGGCCCGGAGAUCACGUUGGUCACUCUGGUGUCUUUGGUCGGCUUUGCCGGUCUGGCACUGUGGGUUGUGCACGCGACUAAGAACACCCAAUUCAAGGACUCGGGACUUUCCCCAUACCUGCAAUUCGUCUAUAACAACUUCAUCAAACCUCAUGAUGCGAAAGCCGGCGAUGGACAACAGUCCGCGCUCGAAAGCUUUUACGGCAAGCAGGCUGGCAUCUACGACACCACCCGGAAGCGUUUGCUCUGCGGCCGCGAAGACAUGCUCGCCCUUGUUGCAGCCCAGCUUCAGUCUCGCCAGUCCUCGUCCCAAGCUCCGUCGCAUAAACCCGUUUGGUAUGACAUCGGUGGGGGCACUGGCUACAAUAUUGAAGUGAUGGACAAGACCAUUGGUAUUGAGAACACUUUCGAGCACGUUUUCCUGGUGGACUAUUCUCCAUCUCUCUGUGAUGUUGCACGUCAACGUGUGGCCAGAUGCGGCUGGAAAAACGUGACGGUUCUCUGCGAUGAUGCACGUCGGGUACAGUGUGCUCCAGGCUCUGCUGACCUCAUCACAAUGAGCUACAGUUUAUCAAUGAUCCCAGACUUCUACAGCGUUGUGGAUCUUCUGACACAGUUUUUGAGCCCUACCGGCACGAUUGGAAUCGUGGAUUUCUAUGUUCAAAGCCUUGUCGAUAUUUCGUCUCGCAAUUACAUUGGCGGCACGUUCAACCGUCAUGUCAACUGGUUGGGUCGCAUGUUCUGGAGAACGUGGUUCGAGGCUGACAGAGUCAAUCUGGACGCUGGCCGCCGAGAUUAUAUCGAGUAUAGAUUCGGCACCAUUCUGUCCUGCAGCGAUCGCAAUUACCUGCUCGGUGGUAUCCCAUACUACAUGUUUAUCGGAUGUGGAAGAGACGCUGACACUUCAACCAAACUUGUCGAGCAAGAGGAUGCCGUCCUUACAGAGUCUCCCUAUCUAUCGGCAAACGAAUACCGCAAACAGCAGGAUGUGCAGGCGUCCACGAGCAUCGUCCAUUCCAAAUCCUACGAAUCUGCUAUUGUCAACCUCAGCUCAAACCUUCCCCUGCCAGCUGCGUUCUACCAGAACCACGCUUGGCGCAUCCAUUACAAUGAUUUACUCACCAAGCAUCAACAAUUCAAGAAUGAGUAUAUCUACGCUUUCAACUGGGAAGAUCCUACAGUUGACCGCCAACUCUUGAACAUCAACUCGUCAGAUGUAAUCCUCACCAUCACCUCUGCAGGUGACAACAUCCUUGACUACCUUCUUGAAUCCCCGAAGCGCAUUCACGCAGUCGACCUCAAUCCCAACCAGAACCACCUUCUCGAGCUCAAAGUUGCCGCUUUCGCCGCCCUUCCUCACGCCGAUGUUUGGGCACUCUUUGGCGAAGGACGCCAUCCAGAGUUCCGCAGCCUCUUACUCACCAAGCUUUCACCACAUCUCUCCUCUCAGGCUUUUCAAUACUGGCUCAACAACGCGUCAGUCUUCUCUUCCAAGCACGGCCUCUACGAGACCGGGGGUUCCCGCCAUGCUAUUCAGCUGGUCCGACGUCUAUUCCGCCUGCUCAAUAUGUCCUCCAAAGUCCAGACUCUUUGCUCCGUUGAGACAAUGAAUGAGCAGCGAGAGAUGUGGCCACAGGUUCGGGACAUCCUACUUUCCUGGCCCUUGCACAAGUUGAUUGUCAGUACCGAAUGGUGGGCCUGGAAAGCCGCAGGUGUACCAAAGGAGCAGAGAGAUCUGAUUCUAGACGACUUUAGCCAGAAAACUGGUCGGCCAAAGAGCAAGAAAGACUGCGGCGAAGCCAUUUGGCAGUAUAUGGUCGACACGCUGGAUCCAGUGGUAGAGAACACGCAGCUGAGUCGAGACAACUACUUCUACUACGUGUGUCUGCGAGGGCGGUAUUCGAGAAAAUGCGGCCCAAGAUACAUGUCCCAGAAAAGCUAUUCCAAGCUGUCGAAGAAAGGAGCCUUUGACGGCCUGCGCAUCCACACCGACGAGCUUAUGGAGGUCAUCUCGCGCAUCACGCCGUCCACACUCACUAUUGCCAUCCUCAUGGACUCGAUGGAUUGGUUUGACCCAGCCGACGACACCGGCGCCGCCAUCUCACAAGUCCUCGCUCUGAACAAAGUGUUGAAACUUGGCGGUCGCGUCUUCUUCCGUUCAGCCGCCCGAAGGCCGUGGUAUACCGACCUGCUCGAGCGAAAUGGCUUCGAGGCCAAGAGGGUUGGCUUGCGGGAGAAUGGGAAGUGCAUUGAUCGUGUCAACAUGUACGCCUCGACCUGGAUCUGCACCAAGGUCGCGAACAUUGCGCCAACCAGCCCGGAUGCCGUCAUCAAGAAUGGCCCGGCCGCGAAUCUGGAGGAGCUACACAUCUGA